UUGCGAGGGUUUGUGAGGAGCAGCAUCGAAAGGAGAUCCCUGGGCUCUCCAUCCUCUUCUGAAUCAUUCAAAAAGCAUCAUGUUGUUAGUUGCAGUAGGUUUUAUCCUCAUCCUCCUCAUCGUUUUCCUCAUCGUCAUUGUUGUCUACAUGCAGACUACCUGAUGGGGAAAACUUCGGAAGAAAAGAGUGAAAACGGGAAAAAGUCCAAGAAGGGACCGAGGAGGAGGAAGAGUAAAGUUUGAAGAGUUUGUUGUUUUUUUUUCUCCUCUUGGAUACGCCAUCAAUCUUUUUUCCUCCUUUAUUUCACCUCCUUCCUUCUUAUCUGUCGCUUUCCGGGAUCUUCUUCAAAGUGAAAGCUUCUCCAGCUGCCAAUACAACUCCUGUAACCUCUUCAGUAGUGUCUUUAGAAGAAGAUGCAACAAAGUGUGACCGCAUGUUUGUAAGCAACUCAGAUGGUUUGAAAAAUGGCACAUUCAGCGCUCCAUACAUAUUAAACCAGCAAAAUUACUCUCGACAGUGCAUUUACACUUUCAUUGCCACAGAAGACGAACGUGUUCAAAUUACUUUCACCCAUUUUGGACUGAGAGGAGCUAAACCACAGUGUAAUCAUGAAUACAUCGACUUAUAUAUGGAAAUUGAGGAUCCCUCUGUGGAGCUUAUACGUACACCCUUUGGAGGAAGGAUAUGCGGGAAAAACAUCCCCGUAUCUCGAAUAUCUAUGUAUGAAACGCUUGUUCUUGCCUUCUAUACUGACAGGACGCGUGUGACACCAGAUCUUUUCGGUGGCACUUACGAAUUUAUAGAUGCAGCCCAGUAUUUGAUGGGUACCCCAACACCAAAUACAGUAUGCAGUUAUAAAGUGUAUAGCGAUAGAAAAAGAGAAGGAGAGAUGAUGUCACCCACCUACCCUGGGGUCUACCCUAAAAAUCUUCGUUGCAGCUAUAAUUUUUAUGGAAAGAGAGGUCAAAGAGUGAGGCUUGAGUUUAUGGAUUUUGAUUUGUUGUAUGGAGGACCACAUUGCCCGUUUGACUUUGUGAAGAUCUACGAUGGCGAAUCUGAAGAAUACCCACUCAUAAACACAUAUUGUGGCCAACAAAGAAAUUUAGUUGUUUUUUCAUCUUCAGAAAAUCUAUUUGUUAAAUUUGUUACUUUGCAAAGAAACGCAGACACAUCUAAUCGUGGUUUCAAAGCAGCUUUUGAGUUUAGUGAACGUUACGUUAGUUUAGAUUUUAUUAGCAAAACGGAUGGAGAGCAUAUUAGAGGCACGCAAUGUGAUCAAAAAAUCCUAAGUAAAGGAGGGUCAAAUGGCUCAGUAUUUUCACCAAAUUAUCCAUAUCCUUAUCUUUCGAAUGUUGUUUGUCGGUACUAUGUUUACGGAAUGCAAGAUCCUCAAAGACUAGAGAGAGUCAAAUUGAAAUUUGAAAAAUUUGAAAUACCUGCGAUUAAUAAUACUUGCACGGAUGGUUUUCUAAGAAUCUACCUUCAAGGUCAAGAAGAGAGGUACGAGUUGGAAGCAUUUGAUCACAACUUAUGCGGUGCAAAUCCUCCACCGAGCUUAAAAUCUGAGGGACCACGAUUAGUCAUGAUUUUUAAAAGUGGAACAACCCAGGGACAGGGAUUUAAAGCUCGGUACAAAUUUGAAGCAGAUUACCAAGUGCCUGGAACUGCAUCUCCGAAUGGGACGUGCCAGUUCUAUUAUCGUAGUGAAAGCCAAAAGGAUGGCGAUUUCAACUCUCCUCAUUAUCCGGCUAAUUAUCCAUCUCUAGUGCAUUGCGAAUAUUAUUUUCUUGGACUCGAAGGAGAGCAAGUUAACUUAGUUUUUAAUUAUUUCAAGACAAAAAUGGACAUCGAAGCUUACGGUUAUAAUGAAAUUUGCCAAGAAGAUUGGAUCGAAAUAUAUGAAAUCUAUCCCAGCGGCAGAGAACGAAAACUAGGACGUUAUUGCGGUAGGACAGCUCCUGGUCCUAUAAUGUCCGAAUUAGGUGUGGACACCAUGAAGGUCAUCUUACAUACCGAUGAAAAGAACGUGGCAUCGGGAUUCACGGCCACCUACGAAUUUUUCGCGGCGGACACGCGAUACGUCGAUUGCGGUCGUAAUAUAUCCGAUCUUCACGAGGGAGUCCUGAUGAGUCCUGGUUAUCCUGGUUCUUAUCUGCCGAGUCUUCAAGUAUGCAAUUGGUUCAUAACCGUCCGAACACACCAUAGAAUCCUUCUUUCAUUUGUUUCUUUUCUCAUUGAAGGAGAUCCCGAACGUCGCGGAUGUCCCGGUGCUGUUAUAAGAAUAUAUCCUGAACUUGGUGAACCCCCAAUGGAACUUUGUGGAGAAUCCCUUGCAAAUCACACAAGAGAAAUUCUAUCAUCCUCCAACAUUAUGAAAAUAUCAUUUGUAACUGCAGAUAAAGCAGUGGGAGCAAAGGGAUUCCAGGCAACGUGGACUGAGGUUAAAGAAGGCUCUAAAUGUGAUCAAUUCCAAUGUAGCCUGAGUAGAUAUUGCAUUUCAGAAAGUGCCAAAUGCAAUGGACUUCCCAACUGCGGCCUCGACGACACAUCCGACGAGGAAGAAUGUCUUACAAUACAUGGUUUAGACAUUCACCUCGUCGUGGGGUUUUCGUUUGGAGGCGCCAUCAUAGCUGUAAUCACUAUGUGUGCCAUAUUCCACCGAAAGUGCAAGCGACGGCGGACACCUUCGGCGAGUCAGCACCUUAGAAAUCAGCCAAAAAUGGCCACUACUCCGCACAUUGCAAUACAGGACCACGUGUAAGACAGCCAUUAAUUACGACGCCAUCUUAAUUACUUUCCCUGGCAUGUCACGGGGAAUCCUUAUGGGCAGCUAUUAGGAAGAUGAGCUCUUUUCAGUGUCAAGUAUUUUCACCAAUUCCGAUAAGCACUACAUAGAUUUUUAAAUAAUCUCCAUUAGAACACAAUGCAUUUGGAAACACAUUUCAUUGUAUCUUGCACUAAAUAUUAAACCAUAUUUUAUUUUA